AUGGUCUUGCUGGUACUCAGAUUAUGCAGCACAGCACAGCAGCACCAUCAGUUAGAAUCUGCAAACAAGUCGGAAGGGCACCCAGAGGAAGAACCGGAGGGUAUUUUGCGUCACUGGCCCAGGUUGCCUAGCACUGCUGAGACCGUGGAGAGGAGGCACCAGCUCAGGAGCUUGUCAGAUUUUUCUGCCUGUGUGUCCUGUUUGAGAACCACACAUUACUGAGAACGUAGCAGAGGAGUAGCCAAGGUGAUGGCAGCUGAGGCAAAGAUGAUUGAGCUGCCCUUCAUCUGCGAUGAACAGCUCACCUGGCGCAUGAGGCUACGAUUCCAGAGCCUGCAACAAAAAAACAUGAGGCCCCAGGAUGGUGAGAAGCUGCUGCAUCCCAAUGAACACAUCUACCGAGUGGAUUUCAUCCAGCAGCACAAAUUGCGCUUCCUCCGCUGGGACAUCCAGCUGGAGAGACCUGGAAAGGUCACAGUGACCGGCACCUCCCAACACUGGACUCCUGAUCUCACCCACCUUAUGAACCGGCAGCUGCUGGAGCCAGUAGGAAUCUUCUGGAAGAAGCCAGGGGCCAAGGAGGUAGAGUGCAAUGAGGCAGAUGCCCAGGAAUUUGGGGAACGAAUAGCAGAAUUAGCCCAGAUCCGCAAAGUGAUGUAUUUCCUCCUCGCUUUCACCGAUGAUCUCGAACCAGCUCAGCUGAAGGGCUCCAUUGUUUUUAAAGCCUGA